UUGAAAACCCCUAAAUCUGUUGCCGCGCACACCUUCCCCUUUCUCUAGAGAACCUCAGCGGCUCAGCCUUCCCGGUUCCUUCCUCCCCUCCGCCGGCGACUAGCUGCAGCAGGUGACCGACGCCAGCGCAACUCCCCGGCUUAUCCGACGCCGCCCUUCUCCCCUCCACGACGCCGCCCUUGUUCUGAUUUAGUGAUUUAUACGUGUUAGUAUUUGCUGAAUUCUGAUUUAGUAUUUGCUGAAUUUGUUACCUCCGAUUUCCAUCUCCAUGACGAGCCUGGUUGCCUGCUUGAAGCGACGCUGUCUUUCUCUUCAUUUCGCGCCUUUGGGGAAUGGAAACCCUGAUGAGGCGAUCAGGUUGAGGCUGAUGCUGCUCAGAGGGCCCAACUAUAUUGUAAAUAGAAUGCAUGGUGCUGAUAGCUCGUUGAGAUUGUUUCAGCCCAAAUUUUUCUCUACUGACUAUUUCAGUGUGCAUGGUGAAAGUCCUUCUGCUGAAUAUGCAAAGUUGAGGAAAGAGUCACUAGAAGGCCAAUUUGGACGUAUGCUGGGUUCAAAAAGUGUUUCUGUUUUAUACCGUUUUGGCACGUUCUUAGCUGUGUACAAAUCUGCAACUAUUUCAUUCUAUGUGUUGAAGCUAACCAUUUGGCGCUUCUUCGUCCAUGAUAUGAACAAGCGUUCGGUUAAGUUUCGUGAAAUGCUUAUUCGCUUGGGGCCUUUUUAUAUCAAGAUUCUAGUUCCCGCUCAAGGAUCCUAUUUUAUUUUCCGAAUUCUGAAUGGAAGCGUCCAGGCAAUCGAUUCGUUUAAAGACCUGAUUUCUAUUUAUUUUUCGCGGUUUCUUCGUUUGAAUUCCAGUUUAGGCCUAAACGAAUCCAGGAGUGUUAGUCGCCAUCGAAAUGAGGUGGAGGAAACUUCAGAAGCUGGAGAUAAGGAGCCGAGGGGCGCAGUUUUUAACGCAUUGGAUGCAAUGUUAAAGGGUAGUUUGGAUCGUUUGAAAACUAUGAGGGAAAGCAUAAGGUGGGUGCAUUCAAGUAGUUAUAGUGUCAUUUUUGAAUCCGCAUCCAAGAGUGAUAUAAGCAUGAUUAGAGCUUUGUGCUUGGAGGGUAAGCUGGGAUCAGCUUUCUGUCUUUGGCAGACUGUGGUUCAACAGCUUAGAAUUCCUGAUGUCCUCACUCAUAAUUACCUUCUAAAUGCCCUUUGCAAAAGCGGUGACCUGGAGAGGGCGGAGUGGCUUGUUAAUGAGAUGUUAGCACAUGGCCCUCGUCCCAGUUGUGCUACCUACAACACUUUGAUGAGUGGUUAUUGCCUGGUAAAUCAAGUCGAUACAGCUCUAGAUGUUUUCUCUACCAUGGUCAACCGUGGGGUGAGGCCAAAUAGGGUCUCGUGCAAUAUUCUUGUGCACAGCCUUUGCCGGAAGGGCUUAUUGCAGGAUGCGACAAAGCUGCUAGAGAAAAUUUUGGAUGACAAUAAUGAUGGCGGAACUUCGAAGUUAAUAGCUUCAACUAUACUCAUGGAUGGUCAUAUCAAGGGUGGUAGCAUGGUGGAAGCUAUCAGUUGUUGGAAUGAUGUAAUUGAAAGGGGUAUAGAGGUCGAUGUUGUUGCAUAUAAUGUUAUUAAUCAUGGAUAUUGUUUGAGUGGGAACUUAACCAUUGCGUAUAGGUCUUUGGGCAAAAUGUAUAAAAGCGGUCUUGAUCCUGAUAUUUUUUCAUAUAAUACAGUCAUCAGUGAGCUUUGCAAGUCAGGUAGGAUUGAUGAGGCUUGUUAUGUUUUCGGUGUUAUGUCAAGGAUGGGCAUUCCACCCGAUCACAUAACAUACAAAAUGAUCAUCCAAGGUUCAUGUAUUCAUGGAGAUGUACAUAGAGCAACCUAUUUUGUUUCCCACAUGCUGCAGAACUCAUCGGUACCCAAGCCUCUCAUUUGGAAUGUCAUGAUUGUUGCCUAUGGAAAACGUGGACAAGUACAAGAGGCCCUGUUCAUGAAAAACAAAAUGAUUGAACUUGGCGUGCUGCCCAAUGUUUAUACAUACAACGCUCUUAUCUACACACAAAUAAAAGAUGGAAGUAUUGACAAGGCUCAUUAUCUUUUGACUGAGAUGCUCUUUAAUGGUCUUUCCCCUGAUGUAGUCACCUACAAUUUGUUGAUUGGUGCAGCUUGUGAUAUGGGCGACAUUAGUUUUGCACUCCAGCUGCACAAUGAAAUGUUGAGGAGAGGAUGUGAACCAGAUAUAAUAACUUACACCGAAUUACUCAAGUGCUACUGCAUUAGAAACAAAAUGGAAGAGGCUGAAGAGCUACUUUUCAAGAUGUUGAUGACAAAUUUACCAAUUGAUCAUGUUCCAUUUAUAAUACUUAUGAAGAAAUGCUUCAAGAUGGGGGAGAUAAAUAAAGUUUACAACCUUUAUUGCAUAUGGUUAAGAAGGGGAAGAAAUCUGUAGUUGAAAGUCAUGUGGUGAAACUGAACGAUGACAUCAUUCUUCUACUGUAAAGCUUUUUGCAUGAAAUGUGGUUGGGAUGUGCGACUCAUUUCUUAUACAGAUACAGAUCUUCAUUUCUCUUGUUUCUUCAUCCACAACUGCGACUCAUAUGGCCCUUUUAAUGGCUACCUGCAUUUUUCAAAAGCCAUAGUGAGAGGACUAAUGGGUCUCCCUGUAGGUGCUUUAGUUAAUGCUCUUGGAGCAAUUGUAUUGGGCGAACCUGUUGGAAUUCAGCACUUCAAAAGGACAGUUAACUGGUCGCUUCUAAUUUUGUACCAGCAGCUUCUGUGUUUGGCUCAUCAUGGACCGACUGGCAUAGAAUAUUCGCUCACUCAAAUCCAAAUGUCCAGGCCAAUGCGACCCGUAGAUUUUAUAAUCUGUUUACCGGCACAUGGAGCUAUUAUCGGGGCUUGGUUUGGUGCAUGGCCCAUGCCACUUGACUGGGAAAGACCCUGGCAGAUUUGCACUUGAUACAGGAGUGGCCAAUCUGUGUGACUUAUGGUGCUAUUCUUGGCUACUUGAUUGGUGUUAUGGCAUCAUUUGGAUUUAUUGUGUAUCAUCAUAAAAGACAUCAUGCUAAGAGGGACUAAUAUACAUUGCUUCACAGUUCCAUCUUGUAAGGUAGGCAUUACACUUGUCAGAUUGUAUGCUUUGAUGAUGAGAGUUUUACAAUGACUUGUCCAGAAGUA